AUGGAAGCACCAAAGAGAGCUACAAAAUUCGCUGCAAAUGAAAUGUGGGGUCGAUUCUAUCGAAAAUUAUUCGGCGUCGAGAAGAUCAAUCAAAGUCUAAGUAUAUUGACUGGAGCCAGUGCAGGAGCUACGGAAUCAUUCAUCGUCGUACCAUUUGAGUUGGUUAAAAUCAGAUUACAAGAUAAGAAAAGUGCUCAUCUCUACCUAGGAACCAUGGACUGUCUAAAGAAGGUUAUUAAACAGGAAGGUGUCUUAGCUCUAUAUAAUGGUUUGGAAGCUACAAUGAUGAGACAUAUUACUUGGAAUGCAGGCUAUUUCGGUGUCAUCUUCCAAGUUAAAUCUCGACUACCGACAAAACCUGAGUUGCUCAAUAGUUUCAUUGCUGGAACUAUUGGAGGUUGUGUGGGAACUGCGUUAAACACUCCAUUUGAUGUUGUCAAAAGUCGAAUUCAGAAUUCUCCUCGAACUACUUCACCAUCGAAAUACAACUGGUCGAUCCCGUCGUUAUUUAUUGUGGCUAGAGAAGAAGGAUUUUGGGCUCUUUAUAAGGGUUUCGUGCCAAAAGUUCUUCGUCUUGGACCAGGUGGUGGUAUUUUAUUGGUAGUCUAUACUGCUCUAAUGGAAUUUUUUGGAAAAUACAAAUUGUCAUAUGCUCCAGCUGAAACUCCUUCAAUCGAAGCGAACACUUUCGAAGAGAUUGACUGA